UGAAAAUUUUAGUUGUCGAUGGAAACUUAAACACGUGAGAUUAUUUUGUGUAGAGGAUAAUAAUUGGAGUUAUUUUUUUAAUUAGUGGUUUUUUUAAUUACGAGUUUAUUGAUAAUUUUGAAUUUUAAAAAUUAAUAAUGAAGUUCGCGUACAAAUUUGGUAAUUUACUGAGCACAGUCUAUCAUAAAGGUAAUUUAUUGUUCGCUAAAGAUGGAUCGACAUUGAUAAGUCCUGUGGGAAACCGGAUCACAGUCUACGAUUUAAAAAACAAUAAAUCAUCGACUUUACCUGUAGAGAGCCGAUAUAAUUACAAUGCUAUUGAUCUAUCGCCAAAUGGAUCAAUUUUGGUUGCAGUUAAUGAAGAGGGAGAGGCACAUGUUAUAAGUAUGCAGAGUAAAAUAAUAAUUCAUAAAUAUCGAUUUAAAAAACCGAUAAGUUGCAUUAAAUUUUCACCUGAUGGAAAAUAUUUGGCUGUUUGUAAACAAAAUAAUGUAUUCAUAUUUAGUGCACCAGGUCUCCAAACAGAAUCAUAUAAUCCUUUCGAAAUGAAACGCGUCUUCCACAGCGCCACCGACGAGACAACGACUCUCUGCUGGUCCUCGGACUCUCGUUUCCUCGCAGUCGGCUCCAAAGACACCUUCACCAAACUCUACACCCUCGACAAGUUCUCAAACUUCCGUUACUGCAACAUCGGCGGUCAUUCCGACGAGAUAAUUUUCGUCCACUUCGACACCGCCGGUACCUACGAUCUCUUCACUAUCGCCCGCAAUGGCCACCUCUGUCUCUGGGAGGCCUCCCUCAAUCCCGAGGAUCUCAAGCUCUUCACCCCCGCCAUCAAAGCUCCAAAACCUUCUGGUAGUGACUCCGAGGACGACGUGAUCCUGGAGAAGGCCAUCGAGCAAACAAAGUCGACCCGCAAGGCCUCCAAGAAAAAAUCGUCUGGCUCGACGGACCAAGACCCAGAUUCAGACCAAGAACUCGAGGACAAGCCGCUCAAAUUCUCUUACAAACUGACCUCCCGCCACUACCUCGCAGACGAUUUAAAAAAAACCGAGACCUCAGACGACAAAAAGUCAAACUCUGCCGUCGCGACCGCGGCUUCUUACCACCAGUCGACGCGAAUCCUCGUCCUGGGGUUCAGCACCGGGUCAUUUUUCCUCUACGAGUUACCCGACGUGAACCUCAUCCACUCCCUGAAUGUCUCCAACCAGUCGCUGUCCUCGAUCGCCUUCAACCCCACCGGGGACUGGAUCGCCCUGGGCUCGUCCCAACUCGGGCAGCUCCUGGUCUGGGAGUGGCAGAGCGAGACCUACGUCCUCAAACAGCAGGGUCACUCCAACAACAUGACCUCCUUGGCCUACAGCCCCGACGGCCUGUGGAUCGUAACCGGAGGUGACGACGGCAAGGUCAAGCUCUGGAACACCAUCACCGGGUUCUGCGUGACGACUUUUUCCGAGCACACGUCGUCAGUCACCAGCGCCAUCUUCAGCCACAACCGUAAGUUCGUGGUCUCGGGGUCUCUAGACGGUACAGUGCGCGCCCAUGACCUCACCAGGUACCGGAACUUCAAGACCUUCACGUCCCCACGUCCGGUUCAGUUUUCCUGCGUCGCUUUGGAUUCUUCUGACGAGUUCGUCGCCGCGGGAGGUCAGGACUACUUUGACAUCUACCUCUGGAGUGUCAAGUUGGGAAGUUUGUUGGAGGUUAUGUCAGGUCACACUGGACCAGUUGCCGCGUUGACCUUCACGCCUAGUCCAGGAAGUACUGCCAUGGCCUCGGUGGCCUGGGACAAGACUCUGAAGCUCUGGAACGCGAUCGAAAAUAGUUCGAGCCAUGAAACUGUCCAGCUAACGGCAGAUGGCGUCGCGGUUGUGUACCGACCUGAUGGUAAGGAAGUUGCGGUGGCGACCCUAGAUGGCGUUAUCAGUUUCUUUGACGUCAAAACGACGAAUCAGAAUGGAUCGAUCGAGGGACGGAAUGAUUUGGGAGCUGGAAGGGCAGAGACUGAUCUGAUUACGGCGAAAAAAAAUCUCGAGGGCAAGGCCUUCAGGGCCCUGUGCUAUUCUGCGGAUGGGAACUGCAUCCUGGCGGGAGGGUCAUCGAAAAAUGUCUGCAUUUACGACUGCAAGGAGCAGGUGCUGAUAAAGAAAUUUGAGAUCACGCAGAACCGUUCCUUCGACGCGGUCGACGACUUCAUCAACCGGAGGAAGAUGACGGAGUUUGGUAACCUCGCGCUAGUGGAGGAGAGGGAAGAGGGAGGGAAAUUGAAGUUGCCGGGAGUUAAGAGUGGAGACAUGGCGGCGAGAAGCACGAAACCGGAGGUCAGGGUCUAUGGGCUGCAGUUCUCGCCGACAGGACAGGCCUGGGCAGCGGCGACCACAGAGGGUUUGCUUAUUUAUAAAGUUGAUGCGGGUGAGAUGUUCGAUCCGUUUAUGCUGGAGGUCGAUAUUACACCGGAUGCGGUCAGGGAGAAGGUCGCAGAAGGGGAUUUCGCUAAAGCGUUGAUGAUGGCUGUGAGGUUGAAUGAGAAAGAUUUGAUACGUCAAGUUUUUGAAGCGAUUCCUGUUUCUGACGCUGAAUUAACAGUAAUAUCAUUACCGCAAAUAUAUAUUGAACGAUUAUUGAAAUUUAUAUCUGUCGAAUUAGAAAAAACACGUCACAUACAUUUUUAUUUAAUAUUUACGGAAAUAAUACUGAGUAAAUGGGGACAUAAAAUAAAUUCAUCACUACAACUUACCUCAUUGUUGACUCUUCAAAAAAAUAUGCAGCUAAAGUAUGACGAUCUCAGUAAAAUAUGUGACUUCAAUCAGUACACAAUCGAUUUUAUUGUAAGGACAGGAGAAUUGAAAUCAAAAUUAUCUAAAGAGGAGAAGGAAUCCGACAAUGAGUCGGACGCAUCCGUAACACUUAUGGAUAUUAAUUAAUACAAUUAUU